GCCUGCAUCAGUCUACGUCGCGUCCCUUGCAAAAGGGUACGCUCGUCUUCACGUCUUCGUUGAUUUAUCUCUCCCCUCUCCGAGUGCACACGUUACACAGCUAUAAACGCAUCGUUAAAUAUAUACCAUAUUUCGAUUGUAAUAUCGAACAAGGAACAAGGAAGUCCUUGAAGAAGGACGACAUUUUCGGACAACCUUAUGGUGUCCGUAUAAAGAAUCUCACGGAACCUAGGAACGGAUUUGACGCCUUUUCGAUUUUCCUCUGCUCAGUUUUAACUUUUACAUCCCGUAUACAUUUUCCUUCUCGACUAUAUAACGUGCGUGCUAUUGAAUAUUCUUAGUGUUACUAAAGUCUCCGUGUGUGCAUUGUGUUGCGAGCAAUUCGCUUCUUUACCUACAGCGCUUUUUAUCGCGUUCAUAAAUCUCGAUACGGGGAACUACAGAGAACGCGCGACUCGGUACUUUUCGGCACGCGGCCGAAUACCUCCGAUCAUCAAGUCUCGAGACUUCCCUUAGUAAUACAAUAGCGAAGAAGGAAAACGUGCGAAAAGAUUUCAAACGUUUCUGGCCUGUGAAAUGGACUCCUGGUGACGCUUGAUUCCGUUUUAGUGGUAAAUCUACGGUGGACAUAACCUAUAUGUGCCCUGAGAACAGGAAGUUUUCUCUGGCAGGAGUGGGCGGUGCGAAGAGGGAGACGCCGGUCGAGCCUUAAAUAUCGAUUUUGGCAUGGAAGAGGUGCGAUAGUCCGUCCGUUUCAGCGUGUCUCUUACCUUUGUGCAUCUCCACGUUGACAAGUUUUGACAGUUGAGUGCGGGUCUAUUACAUCAAGUGGCAUCGCAUGCAUCGAAACAAAAACAAUAUGGUAGUGCGAUAUUUUCUGGCAGAAAAUUAAAUUUCAUUUGUGGGCAAUUGUUACUUGAAUAAUGGAAUCACACGAGUGAAUUUAUUUUUGUCAUACUAUUUUUGAAAAGUGUCGAAUGAAAAAUGUUGUUUUCCGAUCAUCACGUGUACAGACAUUUUGUCUAUAAAACACGUCUCAGGCAGGAAUAUUCGGUGACUAUCGAUCGAUCAUACCAUUAAAUGUUGGUCAAGAAAUAUCUUAUUCCUUUUAUUACCGUACCAAUGGAAAUUACGUCGUUCUUCAAAUUUUUACAAUUUUCAAGAAUUUGAUCUACGUUCCCCCUAGCCUUGAAGAAUUUCCAUUUUCAAGCAUGAUUUAUGGCGCGGUUCGCGUUAAAUACCUUAAUAAGUGAAAUUGAAGAUAUAUUCCACUAACUAAACUUGAGAAAAAGAAAAAGUAUAAUAUCGUAUUAGAGAAGAAAGUCAGAAAUGACUAUACAUGUAUGAAUAAAGGAAACCUUAUGAAUAUUUAAAGAAAAAAGGAGAAUCAACAAUACUGCCAGUAUCUUCAAAGAAAACCUCUCGUGACUUCCACCGCAGGGCGUAUUCAACUAUCACGAUAGAUGAACUCCAUUCGUAAAGCCUUGUGUUACAUUGUCGAUCAAGUAGAUGAUGACAUCAUGGUGCAGCAUUGCCGAUUGAGAGAUUCGUGGACAACGAAAGUAGUGUCGGUUAAAUAUCGAUGAGCUCUUUGCACUUGACACCAUUGUCUGUUUGUUCAAUGUAUUGAACCUAUCAAUAGUUUUGUGCUCGUCUACACAAUAACAAAAAAAAAAAAAAGAAAGAGACAAAAAAAACAUUACUUAUUUUUACGACACAGCUAACUGAGAAACGUGUUUUUAUACGAUCUCGCGUAUAUUAUUUAAGAAUAUAAACGAAUGAACACGUAUGAUAGCACUGCUCCAACGGUAAAAAAUUGGUUGAUUGAAAAUUUAUGCAGAAUUAUUUUUAAUUAUUAUAUUUUUGUAAAAGCAUCGAUCGUUCGAAUCCUAAUGAAUUCGUCAUUUGAAAAGAUUUUUAAAAGGAUCGACGGAAACGGUUUGUUCUGAUCAAUCUUUUUUUGAUCAAUCUUAUCGGCAAAGGCGGUGCGUAAUUUUGACGCUGGAUAAGAAGAAAAAGGUACAUCAGGAAGAAUGGUUUCGAGAUAUGGCGUCUCUAAGGAGGGCGCAGUGGGUGUAGCCGUAGGUGUAGGACCUAUGCACUGUCUCUUGCCACAUUGUGGAGGGCCCCAUCACCAUCAUCAUCUUUCGGCCCCCCACCCACAAAAUCCACAGCCAGGUCAUAAUCACCACGUGCAUCCGGCCCAUCAGCCACCACCCUCGCCGAGUCCCCACUUGAAUCAUCAGCUGAGCCAUCAUCAGUUGACAGUUAACAUUAACCAUCUGAGUCAUCAGCAGCAACAGCAGCAACAAACCCAGCAUCAACAAGCACCGCCACAAUAUCGCGUCGUUACUGCAAAUGCUAGAUCAGAUUUUCAUGUGUCUGGUCAAAAUUACGGCACCCAACCAGGGGGCCAGGUGGGUGGGGGAGGGGGUAGUGUAGGAGUACCUGGGGGCAGAGGACCUCCACCACUCGGUGGCUUACAGUCCAUUGGACAAUCAGCAGCAGGUAUUCCACCAGGAGGUCCUGCUGGAGGGCAAGCACCACCACAAACCCCUGCACCGGGGGUACAAUCACAACCGCCGCAAGGUCCGGCUCCAACUACGACACCUCCUGUACAUACUCCAUCACCGCAGGAAAUGGGAAAACAGGCCCAUAUGCAACCUCAACCACAGCCUCUAUCUCAAGUAUAUGGGCCAACGCAAACAAGGCCAUCAUCCCAAGGUUAUUACCAGGGUCCUAGGCCACAACAGCCAAGAGGCAUCAGCCACAGAGGGGGUCAAGGGGGUACUAGUGCACAAGUAGUUGGAAUGUCUGGAGUUGGUGGAAGUGGAGGUCAACCAACUGCAAUAUAUCAUACGAGUGGUUUGCCAGUUCAAACUGGAGCAAUAUACCAAGUACCACAUCAGAUCCCCCAUCAGCAAUCCUUAUACACAAUGAACAAUCAAAUGCCCCUUCAGUUUGGCGCUCCACCCCAAAGACAUCCUACACAUCAAAAUCAGUCAUAUUUCCAACCAUUUCAACAUAAUGCAAUUUUAACACAAAGCAUGUUUGGAUAUGGUGCACCUGCACCAACUCCUCAACCUUAUUACUGGCCUACAGGCCAACCAAAUACACCACUAAGUUUAAGUAGAGCAGGUGCAAGCGCUGUCACUGGUGGGGCUCAACAUGUUGCAGGCCCGCUGGCCGGUGCCCAAGGAGCCCCAGUAGUACCACAAGGUACACUGCAGCAACCUACGCAACAAGCUCAGCCUUUACCCCCCAUGGGUAUAUCUCUUUCUCAGACUGAUAUGUACUCAGGUCAUAAUGGUGGUGCAACAAGUGCGUCAAAUAGUACGACAAAAUCUCGGAAACCAAGAGGACAAAAUGCUAUUACUGAUAUCGUAGAUCCGACGACUGGUAAAAAUAUAAGUCAUGAGAUUUACAAAGAUAAUGAAACUAUUCAAAGUGGUGAAUCCAGCAAUCGUGAUACACCUCAGCCACAAAAUAAUGACGUCGAAGUGCAAGCCGACUUUGCAGCCCGGGUUGCAAAAACACUUGUGAAAGUCGCGACCGAAGAGUCCAAUUCCGACUCAACGGUACCGACUUGUGUACCAAACACAUCUACAUCUCAAAAUGUAACACAAAGUUUAUCUAAUUCUCAAACAAAUUCUACUAAUGAUGUGAAUAAUCAGUGUAGUACCAGUUCACCUACAACACAAAAUGUACCUAACGUAACCGCGUUAUGUAGUCAAUCGUUAGGUACCACUAGUAACGUGUCUCAAAUAGACUCGUGUGCAAUGAAAACAGAGUCGAAACCAUUACAAAUUCCUGUGAAGGAAUUUCAACCUCGAAGCGAUUCGAAAAGUGGAGUCAUCGAGGAACUACCAUUAGCUAUAUCGCGUAACGUAAACAAGGAUGAUAUUUCUGCGCAGUUACCCGCAAUGAUUGUAACUGAAGUUGAAGUGAAGAGUACGAGUGCCACAUCUAUCGUAACACAGACAUCAGUUCCCAUUGUGACUAUACCAAGUACGAACGUUCCGGAGGUCCCUAAACCGUCCACCACUGCCCCAAGUGCUAAUCCUGUUCCUGCCAGAGAACCGUUCCCAAAUUUAUCCAAUAAAAAUUCAUCGAGUUCACCGCCUAGAAGAAAAUCUCAGACUCACACCCACAAUCAAUCCACUGCUACUGCUACUAUUUCUGCUGCUGCAACUGAGUUUCCUUCAAGUGCCAAAGAACAAAAAGAUAAAAAGACAAGGGAAAAGAGUCUUAGUUCUAGAGGUACUACUCCUACACCUGCUCAUAAUCAAACAGAUCAUCACUUGAAAACCAAUGGAGAUGCGUCUGGUGAUAAACCGGAAUCCGAUCCUGUUCGAACUGAAAUUCAACAACAAAAAUCAUCUGAUGGUAAAGCUAUGCAGAAGCAGAAGAGUAAAAACAGGCUCAAACCCCGUGAACUUAAUCGGAAAGGAGCGGAGAAAGAAGGUACAGAUAUGGAUGCUUUCGUAAACACGGUACCUCCGGCAAAACCUGAAAUAAAACAAGACAACAAAGAUCCUUUAACACCGAAGGACAGUAAUAAGGAAGGAAAUCGUGAAAUUAUAAAAGAUAACAAGGAUAAAGAUAAUUACGAACCAAAAAAAGAGAAGGAAACUAGUUCCGAUCAUAUAAAGGAAAGGGCGGAGAAACAAACACCCGUGUCACCAGAUAGCCUAAAACAAAGUUUUCUCAUAGAAACACCUGCUAUAGAAAAACUGCCAAGCAACAAAGAAACUAUAAAGGAAUCUUCCUCUAAGACCGACGAUAACAAAACAUCGAACGCAUGUAAUAUGCAAUCAAAAUCAGUUCCUAAUGAUGUUGUUGAUCAUGUGAAAGUGAAAGAAGAGUCCGAUGUACAAGCAAUAGUAGCACAAAAGAAUGAAGAAAAUUCAAAAGUAUCGUCGUUUCGAACGGUUAACGAAGAUAAGCCGCAAACAUCUCCGGUUAUUGAAAAAACAACCGAAAGCGAAGCUCCGGUUCAAACUGAAAUCACAUCGGUUACAAAUCAAAUACAAUUGAAAUAUAAAUAUAAGGAGGACCAGUGGAGCCCUAUAAAUAAAAGCGGUAAAAAGAUUUAUGAUCGUGAGUUUUUAAUAAAACUACAGGAUGAUCCCAAUAGCAAAAUCAAACCGUCUAAUUUACCAGAUUUAGACGUUGUUUUGAAAGAUAGUUCAAAGGCAAGGAAUAAUGUUGAACUUAGGUUAUUUAAAGAUACAAAUAUCAAUAGACAUGAUGUUUUAUUCCCUGGAUUCAUAAAACCGUUAAACGCAAAUAACCGAGCGCUACCACCGAAUCGGAAAAGCAAUCCAGGGAAGUCGUCCAAGCCAACAAAGCCAAAUGUAAUUCAUGUAUCUUUAUCCUUGAGGGAAGACGUAAAAUUAAGGGAAACUGAAAAUGCAUGGAGACCAACAAGAUUGAAAAGCUUGAAUCUUAGUGAAGAAGAAGCUAAAUCGGAAGCUCUUUACAAGAGAGUUAGAAGUGUACUAAAUAAACUCACACCACAGAAAUUCAAUACCUUAGUCGAUCAGGUUCGUACAUUAACCAUCGACACUCCGGAACGACUGCAGGGCGUCAUCAAUUUAGUCUUCGAGAAGGCUGUGGAUGAACCAAGCUUUUCUGUAGCAUAUGCAUUAAUGUGCAAAGAACUUGCUGUAAUGGAAGUCUCAGGUUCAGAUAAAAAUUCGGACAAACAAGAAUGCUCGUAUACCUUCAAGAAACUCAUUAUUAAUCGUUGCCAAAAGGAAUUCGAAAGAAAUCCAGUAAACGAGGUGGCAAGAGCUGCUAAGCUUAAAGAAAUAGAAGAAUGUACUGAUCCUGAGAAGAAAAAAGAUUUACAAUUGCAAUUUGAAGAUGAAGAACGAAAAACACGUAUAAAAUCAGUAGGAAAUAUACGAUUUAUUGGCGAAUUGUAUAAACAAGGAAUGUUAACAACUAAAAUCAUGCAUCGUUGCACAAAGGAGUUGUUAAUUCAGAGUGAUGAAGAUAGUCUUGAAUGUUUAUGCAAGUUGUUAACAACAGUCGGAAAAGAUUUAGAGUCAAAAGUGUCUGCAGAAGAAAUGCAAGAUUAUUUCAAUAAAAUGCAAGAUAUCGUUGCACGACGGGGGCAUGGAAAAAUUAGCUCUAGAAUUCGUUUUAUGCUGCAAGAUGUAAUAGAUUUAAGAGCAAAUAGCUGGAUUCCAAGGAGAGAUGAUAGUAAUCCUAAAACAAUAGAUCAAAUUCAAAAGGAAGCUGAUUCUGAGAGAUUAGAUAGCCAAUUGAGUAAUACUCCUUUGAGUACACCUCGAAAAGAUGAACGUACUAGUGAUAGAAAAAGGAAUCGUGGUGUUGGUCCCACUGAUGAUGGUGGUUGGAGUCAACCUGUUGUCAGAACAAGGCAACCAUAUUCUGUUGAGACAGCUAAGCUUAAAAAUAAACCUCCUCCAAUGGAUGAUUUACAAUUAGGAAGCAGAAAUAUGUAUAUGUGGAAAACGCCUUCGAGUUGUGGCUCAAAGGCAAUAAAUUCAAAUAAAUUUGCAUGCUUAGAAAAUGUAUCGAACUUAGAUCAAGAUAAACGAAAAACGUCUCCACAACUCUCUGGAUCAAGGUCUACUGGACCAAGAGAGUAUGGUCGUGACUACAAACCUUCCUAUGAUGGUAGGAGUUCACGCAAUGGUAGUCAUCAAUUAAGCAGUUCGUCGUCGAGUAGAGACAAUUCUUUAUUAGAUAACUCACAAGGUCAAAGCGUUUCUAUGCCACCGCCAUCGUUAAAAUCGUCCACACAAUCUACCUCUAGCAGUCAUAAACCUCAGAUGUCAGAAGAAGAAUUUAUGAAAACGUUAAACAAAAUAAUGAAAGACUAUCUCAAAAAUCCUAUCAUUGAAAAAGUUUCGUUGGCAAUUCAACAGAACUUCGAUAACACAUUAACAAAAUUCGUACGUGAAUUGAUCAACUUUGUUCUUGAAAAGUCACCUCUCGACAGAGAAUGCAUAUCGUAUCUUUUGUCGCAUUUAAUUACUCAAAAAAUUUUACCUAUAUCACAUCUAAGAAACGGAUUCAUUGAAAUAUUGGAAUUAGUUGAUGAUCUUGUACUCGAUAUACCCAAAGUUUGGUUAUAUCUAGCAGAGAUAUUAUCACAUCCAAUAGAAGAGGAGAUAGUCCCCCUAACCGAGUUGAAACCUAUAUUUGAUAGUUUAAGAACUCGGGGAUAUGUAGGCAAAUUCCUUGGGGAAUUAUUAUCGAAAAUAUCCCGAGAUAAAGGACAUAAAUGGAUUGCAGAUAAAUGGGACCAAAGUGGACUUAAGUUGAGUAAUGUAAUUGAUACAGAACUUGAAGAAGUUGACAAAAUCAUUAAAGAUUAUAACCUGGAGUUCUGCACUGGUGAUUAUAAUAGUGCCAAAAGCUCAACUAGUAAUCAACCCACAAUGCAGCAAAUUCAUGAUGAACUUAGGAGACUAAUGAAAGAAAGUAGCUUCGAUGAAAUUUGUGGGUGGAUAAUUGUACAUGUAGGUAAUCGGGUCAAAGAACCAAGUUUCAUACGCAUCUUAACUACUGCCAUUUUAGAGACGUCCAUGGAACCAGUGAAUAGCAGGUGGUGUCUAAACAGUGAGGCUUUUAUUAAUUUACAACAAUUAAUUCGCCGAUUCGUCGAUGCAAAUGAAUCUUUAGAAUUGCAAUGUCUUUAUGCAAUCCAGCUUCAUUUACACAAUCUACAAUAUCCGCACGGAACUCUGUUCAACAUUAUGACGAAUUUGUCGGAUUAUAACAUAAUUUCAAGCGACGCGUUCCUAACGUGGAAAAAGAGUCCUGAACCAGCCCAGCGUGAAUGGCAUGGAGUCGCGACGAUGGCGCUGACUUCGUUUUUCACUGGUUUACAAGAAGCUGAUGAUGCUUCCAGUGUAGAAGACGUAUCAACUAGCGUCAGCCAAGAACGUUGUUGACGAUACCGUGAUCGAGUACAUUAUCGUCUAUUAAAAAGACUUAAAUAUAUGUUUCCUCGUUAAAAAAAACUACGCGAAGUGAAAUCAAAUUGCAGUUUUUUAAAGGAAAACAUCAUAUGUAUUGAAAGAAUACAAAAAGUGAUGUGCGCGUGUGCAUGUAUUAUAGUAUAGAACUUCAAAGAACAAGAAGUGACAGAUAAUAAAGGUUAUCACAAAAACGGACACAAUAGCUGAGACCGCUAUACAUAAUGAAGAUAAAGAUUAAUUAUUAAUUAUGAUACAGAAGUAAAUACAAGAUAAUUAUUAUAUAUAAUUCAUUGAAAUGGUUUAAAGUUUAAAUAAAGCAAAAAAAAAACACUCAAGGACAUUAUCGUAUUUCUUAUGUGUUGCGAUGUCACUGCAGCUUGUCAAUCGCCAAAUAAAUUGAAUAUUACGUACAAUUUUUCUUUUUCGCUUUAUAUUGGAAACUCGAAAAAGCUAUAUUCAAUUUCAUCAAAAGAUAUUCGCAAAACAGCCGGUACUUGCUAUGUGCAAAGUAGAUAAAAAAUUAAAAAUCAGAUGUGUAUAAGUAGAUCAAUUUUAAGUAAAUUAUAUUUGAGACAUAUGCAAAAGAAAACUAUUGAUAACCAAGCCUGACGCAAGGGUAAUGGUUCUUUCUACGAUUAUAACAAAUAUAACAAUUACUAAUUUAUAUCUUGCGAACUUAUAAUGUAUUCAACCAUGUGAAGAAAAAUAUACAUUCACAACUAAAAGUGAAUGAAAGUGAACGCUAAAACAUAACAUUACGAACCAUGUUGUGAUUCGGCGCGAUAUGUUUCGUAAUGCAAAAUAUGCUGAAACUAG